AUGACGGUUAGAAGGACCAAAGAUACGAUAAUCAAGAUAAAGAACUGCAAGUUCUCACUUCUUUCUGUUUUGUCAUAUCUGUUCGACUGGCUGAUAUACACUGCAGUGCUUGUUUUUGCCUUGUGCUAUCAGAAAAGGCCUCCAAGAUAUCACGAGUUUGCAUUGGACGACAAUUCGUUAUCCUUCACAUACUAUGAUGACGAGAACGUUGCGGUCAGUCCACAGCUGUUACUCAUCGUCAGCAUAGUAUUACCAUUGGUUCAAAUUAUUACAAAUUUUGCAUUCACUUGUCAUUGUAUCAGUAGAAGGUUGUGGAAUCUACACAUGGCAUUGUUGGGAUUCUUCGCAGCACAUGUGUUACAAUGUUCAGUGGUUUCCGUGCUCAAUAUCAAUUGUGGGUUACCGAGACCAGACCUCAUUCAAAGGUGCAUGCCUAGUGAUUACUCACUUGCACCUAUUGGUAUGCUUUCCAACGUUGCCAUCUGCUCUAACCCGGAUAUCACCAUUAUCAAUGACGGAUUCAAGAGUUUCCCCUCCUCUUACGCUGCUAUUUCGUUCACAUCUGCAACGUUUGCAUCUCUCAUAGUGGCAGCAAAGUUCAAAGUGUUCGAUAAACGAGGCAUACUGUUCAAGUUGUUGAUAUUUGUCUUGCCUUAUGCCACGGCUCUAUACCUAUCUACAACCCAGAUAUCAGAUAAUCGUUAUUCCCUCUUGGAUUCGAUAUUCGGCACCUUGAUUGGCAUAGCGUGCGGACUAAUGGGGUAUCACAUAUACUUCCCUUGGUUCCUCGAGACCAACUGUAAAGGUAUGGCAUUCCCACCCAGAAGACUCUGUCACAAGAGUGGUAAGUUCUGGAGAAUUUCCCAUGACGACUCCUUUGAGUAUGACGACGAUGCAAUGUUUAUAGAUGAUGAAACGACAGGCGAGGAGACUUCCGAUACAUCACUGGAACCACCAAGAUCCAUCAGAUCAAAGAAGUCAAGACCCUCAUCUUCCAGAUUCAGAGUUUAG